UUGUCAGGAGGGUAACUAGGGACCCGAGCCCACUGGUGACGUUUACCUCACGUGAUCAGGAGCAGACGUGUGCAGAAGUCCCUCUCCUCCAGGUACCAGCUCCCUAUUUUCAUAGAGGAAGACGGAUUUCAAUCUGAGAGGGGCAACUGCCCUAAAGCCCUGCAGGUCUCCAGGUCUGUGGUUGUAGGCAGCAACCCAGACAAGAAAAGGAAAGACCUGCAGGAUCAGUACAGGCAAAGGAGGGAAAAGCUCAACAUGGAAAAGGUCUACAAAGAAAAUGAAGGAAAGCCAGAAAAUGAAGGAAACCUAGAAAAUGAGGUAAAGCCAGAAGAUGAAGUAGAGCCUGAAGAUGAAGGAAAGUCAGAGGAUGACGAAAUGCCACACAUAAAGAGGAAUCCUGAACACAGAAAGCGCCAGGUCGAAGGGCAGGCAGAGGAUGAGGGACAGCCAGAUGAGGGAAAGCAAGAAAAGCAGGGCAAGUUGAAGGAUGAGGGAAAAGCCCAGGAAGAGGGUCAGCUAGAGUCCCAGGGAAAGCCAGAGAGUGAGCCCAGGGCUGCAGAAAAGCGUCCAGCUGAAGAUUAUGUGCCCCGGAAAGCAAAAAGGAAAACCGACAGGGGGACAGAGGAUUCCCCCAAAGACUGUCAGGAGAACCUUCAAGAGAGGCAUUUAGGCAGUGGGGAGAUGGUGAGAGAAUGUGGAGAUAUGUCAAGGGCUCAGGAAGAGCUAAGGAAAAAGCAGAAAAUGGGAGGUUUCCACUGGAUGCAAAGAGAUGUGCAGGAUCAGUUUCCCCCAAGGGGCCAACGUGGUAUCAGGGGAGUGAGGGGCGGAGGUCGGGGCCAGAAGGGCUUACAUGAUAUUCCGUAUCUUUAAUCCCUGUGCCCUGGAAUUCUGAUUUCUCUGAUGAGAAUCUUGCUGCCCUUGCUUUCCCUGGCAGACAUUUGCUUUGCCAGUCUAUGUGCUUUAACCUUCUUCUGAUACUUUGCUUUAGGUGUCACUCUUGUUACCAGCAGCCUUUUGACCUAGCUAGAGUGCUCUGUCUUUGAGUAGGGUGAACUCACCCAAGUGCAUGUAAGAGAUGUUUAUGGUAUAUUGUAAAAUAAUAAUAAAAUUCGUUUUCAGAACCGCA